GCUUGGAUACAGUGCGCUUCGAGUGUAACAAUUUGGGGGAGCGGGGAAUCCUCGCGCGCGAUCCCGGGCUGCGAGCGGGGAAUCCCCGGCCGGGCCACAGUACAUCACAUGGACCCUAACGGGACACAGCUGGAGGCAGACUUCUCACAGCAGGACACCCCGUGCUUGAUAGUGGAAGACUCCCAGCCGGAGAGUGUGCUGUCGGAGGAUGACCCAGAGCGGAGUUACCGUCACCUACAAGCCAGGUGCCUGUCGAAUCUGCAGGCUCCCACUCAGAGCCCCGUCCUGGAGCUGAUCACUGGCCAGUCGGCAGCCAAAGGCUCAACAGGAGGCAGUGAGGAGCAGGCGGGACAGAGAGAAUCACACGGCAAUGUUGUGGGUGCCAUGGAGACAGCGACAGGUCACAGCUCAGAUGAGCGGUCCGCCUCCUCAGCUGAAGACCAGCCGCGGCCAAAUGGACAGACCAGCAGUGCUCGGAACACCUGCACCAGCCCACGCGAGAGAGAAGCUGAAGUCACAGAACUCACGACCAACUCCGUCAGCGUUGAAGGCUCCUCUCAGGCAGGUUUGGGACCACUGGAACUGUCUGACAGUCAGGAUGUUGAUCCCGACGUCACCACCAACGAAGCGGGUGGGGGCGAGCGUCACCCGGAGGAGGUGAACGUAGACGCCGACCCUCCCAGCAAGGAGCCCGACCCCGCUGUGGACACUGGGGCUGCCUUGGACCUCCCGGUUGACCAGCCCUUAGCUGGGACUGUGGCUGGACACCCUCCUGAGAGGUCGGAGGUCAUAUCGAGCGUGCCUGCACCUUCCUGGCAGGAGAAGCUGGGAGCCGGAAAGGAGGUGGUGGUCCACUUCCUGAUGCCUCGUGGUCUCCGGAUCGAGGAGAACUCGCCUAACCCUGACCCUGAACAUUCCCAGAUCGUCUCCACGCAAGAGGACAUGCUCGCGACGACCCGAUCAGGCCCCAGUGCAGAAACUCUGGUGGGAAAUAAGUGUGUUUUGGCUGCCGGAGUCGAUCACCUCCAGGUUCUGCACCUCUCUGGGCACCAGACGCAGGCACAGGAGAGUCUCUCAGAACGUGGUCUCCUACUGCAUGGUGUUGAUCUCCACAUUCCAAUGUUAUUCCUUGGGCGUGAGGCCAGAAGCUCUUCCGACAUCAUUGACCCCUCACAAGAGACGUUUGGACCAACGCCCAUCAUUGUUCCCAGCAGCCCCACCGAGCAGGGCGGUGAGUCAGGGGAGGAGCCAAUGGAUACAACUGUGCCACUCGCAGACGCCAACCAAUCAGGAAAGCCACCAUGUGAGGGGGAGGAGCUAAUGGAAAUGGACCAGCCUGUGGACCAGAGUGAGCCAACUCCUCUUCAACCACAGGCAUCUACCCCAGUGUCGGCCGCAGCUCCUGUGUUCACUGCCAGCCAGCUGGUUCCCGUGCCAACGCUGCCUGACUUAUCUCACGAUAUUUUUAUGCCCACUCCAAGUCUGAAAGAAAAUGCCAGCAGAGACAGAGGGAGUAAAUCCACACAAGCUCAAGUGGAGUGUCAGUCAAAGGUACCCGUGGGAGAGGAGGGAGAUGUGGGAUCGAAGGAGCAAUCGGAAUCGAAGGAGAGCGAGGCUUUGGGAUCCGGGAAGCCGGACGAAGGAGCAGGGGAAGCAUUUGAGCUGAAGUUGUCCACCAGCCAGUGGACACAGCCCAUGGAAACGGAUGAAGAUGCUGCUCUGGAGGACAGCGAGGGGACACAGGUUGAGGGAAUCGUCACAGAAAUCGUCGUGGAAGAUCAGUUGGAGGAAACCCAGAAUCUUCACCCGCGAUUAACUGGGGAAAGCCAAGCAAAGGCCUCCGGUGUUCCUGGUGGAGAUGCCUUUGGAGGACCUGGUGUUGAAUCCAGAGAGAAAGGUGAUGCAAAGGAACUGAGAACAAGUGAAGAGUCUGAGAGGUCAGAGGGACCUCAUCACCCAGCCCCACCGAUGCCUCGGUCUCAAGGCGUGCCUGGCCGUCCUUCCGUGCAGGGGGCGGAUUUGCCCAGGGACAUACUAAUGGCAAAAGAAGGGAUUGUUAACGAGACACCAAUGGAUGAGGUAGAGGAGGGCUCUGUGCCCCAGAGCGAGAAAUGGGACCACCCACGUCCUGCCGAUCAUGGCAUUAAAGUUCUUCCAAAAGGGGAAGCUGAUGGAGGGGCCCAAGAAGACUCUGGGAACCUUCAGGUUUCCCAAAGCCAAAUGCAAUCUGGAACCAUCAACAAAGAGAGCCAACCUAAGGAAGAUGAACCCAUGGAGGAGGAGACCAGUGAAUUAGCUAACAUCGUGCUAAUAGGAAUCUCCCAUCAAGGGAGGACGCGUGCUGCCAAUUCAGAAAGCUCCCAGUCUCUAGCUACAGGUUCCGAAAGGCAGAAAGGUAGUCCUCACUCUGGGGAGGAAGCCUCUUCAGGAAGCUGUGUUGUCCUUGGUGUGAAUCCAAACAAGGGAGAGGAGCGGGACAGUGUGUCCCACCAGAUUUUGGAGACCUCGCCGGGUAUCCGCACAGUGCCUUCAGGACGACAGGAAGGUGCCUCUGGCGACUGCCAGCCGCUGGGUGUAGGAGAUGCUGAGGCAACAGACCCCAGGAGGGAUCUCCAUGCGGAACUGGUGGUGAAGGUGCAGGCAGAAGAUCAGGGCACCUUGAAGUUGGGCAGCCAGAGUGCAGGGAGUGCGCAUCAAGAGCCAAAGAAUGUGGGAGCCCAGAACCACCGGAAGGCCACUGAGGAACUGCCACGGCCCAGUCGGGUUGACCCGUCGACCCCAAAGGAAGAAAGUGAGGGAGAGCCAGGUGGGCGAAUCCAGAAACAGGGAGCUGAAGAGGUUCAGUCGGAACAGUCGGUGAAGAGCCUCUUGGAUGGCUCUGGUGAAAUUCCGUUCCACUUCACGCUCCCAAAGGAAGAUGAUGUCAUCCAGCCCAUCAGUGGCACCACCCCACCUCUCGUAGGCAAGUUGAAGCAAGGUCCUCGACACAGCACUCCGAUCGAGCUUGAAGCCCGUCCCAUGGAAACCAGCGAUGUCACGCCGGGGAACACCAUGGCAACCAGCGACGUAAUGGCAGACGAAAGCCAGCGGGGCUCCUCGAGCCCGGAGUCUCUCUCUGUCUUAGCGGUCGACAGCAAACUCUGCCUGCGGAUGAGGCUGGAGACCCCCGUUCACGAGGAGGGAGACCACUCGGGACUCUUCAGUCUGGAAAAGCCCGUGUUGUCCGGAGAACCAACGUCUGCUGCUGAUGUGGUUGCCAGUGCUGCGAAGAGCCAGUCGGUGUUCAGUCGGGUGUGUGAGGCGAGGCGAGAGACUGAGGCGAGGGCACAAGAAGAGUCCGCCGUCCCCUUUCGCAGCGACGUGUACUCCCUCCCAAGCACCGAGGAAGAAUCCGAGGAACUUUGCAGGGAGCGCGUGACCUGGCAGCGGCAUCAGCGGGCCAAGCAACGUUCCCAGGGUCGGGUCCUCGUCACCCAGACUCCCCCGGAUGGGGAGGAGGAGGAGGUCGGGGAGACUCCCGAGGAGUCCAUGCCGGACCCCAGCACCGGCAAGCCUUCAGCCAGGAGUCCGGGGGAGAGCGAGGAAGAGGUCAUGGAGUUGGACGGCUGCGGCCAAGAGGCAGCGGCAGGAAAAGGGAAGGGAGAGGGAGCUUUGGAGAUCCACGAGGUCACCUCGGCUGCGCUCAAGGACGAGAUGGAGAUAUCGGACAUCCCAGCAACGGCUGAGGGCAAAGUGGGCGGGCAGGUUCCGCACGGGGACAGGCACCCCUGGAGCCCCCUGGACCUCACCGUCAUGCACACAGGCACCCAGACUGCUGCCGGCAUCGGCCCCUCAUCCCAGGAGGGACGUGCCAAGCUCCUGUCCCGGGACGCCAUGGUGCAGACUGAGGAGUCGCCUGGGAAACCUCACAUGCGAUCGAGGAGCACGUCCUACCACGUGAAGCAGGGAGCAGAUGAUCGAGACACGGAGUCACUUCACAGUCAGGAGGAGGAGGAUUUCGAGCUACCUGCUCCCCCAGCCGGUCGCCUCCUGCGCAGACACGUCCGGACCAUCAGGGAGGUGCGGACCAUGAUAACGCGGGUCAUCACCGACGUUUUCUACGUGGACGGGAAGGAAGUGGACCGGAAGGUGACAGAGGAGAGCGAGGAUCCAGUGCUGGAAAGUCGGGAGUACGAGAACGAGGUCUCCCCCUCCCGGGCCACCGGCUCCAUGACCUCGGGAGACCUGGCGGAUAUCAGCUCCUUCUCCUCAAAGGCCUCCAGCCUGCUGCGUGCCUCCAGCGGAGCGAGCAGCAUCGUGUCCCUGGCACACAGUAGCAGUAGCAGCGGGAGCGGGGCACCCCUGGCACACGAGCGGGGCAGGGGUGCCGGCACCACACGGGGGAGGAACGGAGGGGCGGAUCCCCGGGAGUUUGUCGUGCCAGUGGGCAGAGGCGCUCAGACCAAGCUCAGCCCGCGGAGAGUUGGAGCCCACAACUGGUCACCUUCUAAACAUCCGCUGUCCGGCGUGGCAGAGAGCGACGAGACCUCUGUGAACACCAGACCGACACCACGAAGCCCAGCUCCCCGAGGCAGAGGGAAGAGGGGGCGGCCCCCUAUCCGGUCGACAGUUGGGAGGGAGAUGAUGCACACCCUGCACCGUGCGCGGGGGGAGGAUGUGUCCAGCGCCACGUCCCCGGAGGAGGAGCAGUACACCCGCAUCGCGGCCCGGCCCCCUGACAAGGCCACCGCCCCCCCUCUGCCCCGCUCAGGCUCCCCCGAGAUCCCCCCCCUCCAGGCCCUGUCGCCCGCUGAGCCCAAGCUCCCAGCCUCCCAGAGCAGCAGCUUCGUGGGGCUGCGGGUGGUGGCCAAGUGGUCCUCCAACGGCUACUUCUACUCGGGGACCAUCACCCGGGACUCAGGUGACGGCAAGUACAAGGUGCUGUUCGACGACGGCUACGAGUGCGAAGUGCCGGGCAAGGACAUCCUGCUGUGUGACCCCAUCCCCGUGGAGACCGAGGUGACGGCCCUGUCUGACGACGAGUACUUCAGCGCAGGUAUUGUGAGGGCCCACCGGAAGGAGCCCGACGAGUUCUUCUACUGCAUCGAGAAGGACGGUGUGCAGAAGUGGUACAAGCGAAUGGCGGUCAUCCUCUCGCUGGAGCAGGGCAACCGCUUACGGGAGCAGUUCGGCCUCGACCCCUGCGAGCCCAGUACAACCCUGGCUAUGGCAGCCGACAUCAGCUUGGAUAACCUGGUGGAGGGGAAGAGAAAGCGACGGAGUAACGUCGGGGCGAGCACCCCGACCAGGAAGCAGGCGGAGAGCCCCCGGGCCCCACCUCUCUCGGGGAAGAGGAAGCUCCUCAGCUCGGACGAAGAACGGUCACCGGCAAAACGCGGACGCAAGCCAGGCUCCGGGAAAUCUGGGAGCUCGAAACCGAGCGGGUUUGCCAGCCCCUCGGAGGGGGAUGUGUCCAGCGGCUCUGGCCCCUCAGUGGAAGUGCAGCACGGCCCCCUGCCGAAAAGCCCCACCCUUUUCGUGGGCUACGCCUUCAUCCUCACUGCGGCAACCGAGUCCGAUCGGCAGACGAACAAACCCGCCCAGCGCGACGGAACGCUCAGCAGUGAGGAGGAUGAGGAGUACGUGGAGACUGCAGCCUACAAUAAGCAGUACACAGAGUCACAGCUCCGAGCCGGUGGGGGAUACAUCCUCCAGGAUUUCAACGAAGCCCAGUGUAAGGCUGCCUACCAGUGUGUGCUGAUCGCAGACCAGCAUUGUCGAACGAAGAAGUACUUCCUGUGUAUUGCCAGCGGAGUGCCAUGUGUGUCCAACCUGUGGGUGCGUGACAGCUGCCUGUCGAAUCAGCUGCAGCCUUACAAGAACUACAUGCUCCCUGCUGGGUACAGCGUCGAGGCAGACCGCAUCCUGGAGUGGCACCCGCGGACCACCCCGUUCAAGAACAUGAAGAUGCUGCUGGUUUCGGAUCAACAGGAGAACUUCCUCAGCCUGUGGCCGGAGAUCCUGAUGAUGGGAGGGGCGACAUCAGUCCGACAGCACAACCCCACCGCACACGGCAAGGACGUCCCGCUGGGAAUCUUUGACAUCGUGGUGACCGACCUCUCCUGCCCCCCAUCACUGCUGAAGUGUGCGGAGUCACUGGCUGUGCCCGUGGUCUCACAGGAGUGGGUCAUCCAGAGCCUGGUUACCGGACAGAGGGUCAGUCAGAACAGCCACCCCAUGUACAAACACACCUACAAACCCAGCUAAAAGGAGGGUGCUUGGUGCCACCCCCACCUCUCCCCCCCUCGCUCCCCCAACCGCCAAUCAAUUGUGCCGUUGUUUUACAUUUUAGAAGCUUUUAACUGUCUGUGUUUGUAACUGCAUGUAUGAAAAUGUACAUAGUUUUAUUGGUUUCAUUUUUAUUAAAAAAUAACAG